AUGCCAAGGCCAAUAGUUAACAAUAUAGCCAACAGUGGCGGAGACCAGUGCAUUGGUGUCGAAGCAGAUGAUAGCGGGCACCCACAAGAGCUUGUGGCGCAGAAACGAACCCCUCUUCCCGUAAAGCAAGUCAUCGUGCUUUGCCUUAUGCGAUUUGCUGAACCUAUAUCGUUCUCUGUGAUAUUCCCCUUUGUAAACCAGAUGAUCGAAGAACUAGGUGUGACGUCAGACACCAAAGAACUUGGCUAUUAUUCAGGACUUGUAGAAGGCGUGUUUGCGUUAGCUCAGUUCUGUACGGUUUGCUUCUGGGGCUCUCUCUCGGACAAGAUUGGGCGCCGCCCCGUCCUGAUCACAGGCCUUUGCGGCGUAAUUGGGUCGACAAUCAUGUUUGGGCUCAGCAAGUCUUUCACAAUGAUGCUAAUCUCACGAGCGCUUAGUGGUGCAUUGAACGGGAAUGUAGCCGUAAUCAAAAGUGUUUUAGGAGAAAUAACAGACGAGACAAACCAAGGCACCGCCUUCGCCUACCUGCCACUUUGUUGGUCCAUAGGUUCACUCAUGGCCCCGGCGCUUGGCGGUUUCCUCUCACACCCCGCCGAACGAUAUCCUUCAAUUCUUGGGUAUAAACCUUUUCGGCAGUAUCCUUAUCUACUCCCAUGUCUGGUUGGAUCCGCGUUCUCAGCUAUUGGGCUCAUCGCCGGCGUCCUAUUCCUAGAAGAGAGCCUCCCCAAAAAUAAACUCUCGACCUCUAACAAUCCAGAACGACGGCCUAUCCUCGCUUCACCUCCUCAAACUUACUCCAGAUAUUCAACUUCGACCAUUCGAUCCGUUCAGAGCUCACAGCCUCAUUCCCCUGAUGGUUGUGGUUCUGCUGCGAACGAGACGGAAAAGGAGGCUCCUACUGUGAAGGAGAUGAUGGGUAUCCCAUCUAUACGAAAGAUCUUGAUUUCUUAUGGAUUUAUGGCAUACGUGACCGUAUCUAUCAAUGCAGUUCUAGUGUUAUGGUUAUACACCCCAGCAAAGUCCGGGGGAGUCGGCUUCAGUGUACUUAACGUGUUGGCCUUCCCUGUCGGUCAUGCACUCGCACUUUCUGGGGGGAGGAAAGGUGCGUAUCUUGGCGUCGCUGGUGUCCUCAUAGUAAGGUGUAUUGCGAGCAUGGUAUUUGUGUGUAACAUGCUUCUCGUUACUCGCUCGGCUCCCUGUAGACGUGCACUAGGGACCAUCAACGGACUGGCACAAAUGGUUGCAAGCGCGUCACGAGCCAUCGGGCCGGCUACAGCAACCUCGCUUUUUGCGUUCUCGGUCAAGAACGGUAGUCUUGGUGGAAAUCUUGUUUGGAUUGUGCUUUCGCUUGUGGGUUUGCUGGGUGUCGUGGCGGCGUGUUAUAUUCCAAAUGAUCGACCAACACACGGCACUGAACCCAACCCCUAG